CUAUAUAGAUCGUAAGGUGUUGCUGAAGAACCAACCAUGAUGAAAGGCGCCGUCAUUGGCGCGUCGACCGUCCUGGUCGUGGCGGUCAUCGCCGCCGUCUGCUUCGUGUCCUUCAAGGGCCAUGGCGGCAGGGCUGAGGGCGAGAUGUCCACCUCGGUGAGGUCGAUCAAGUCCUUCUGCCAGCCCCUGGACUUCAAGGAAACCUGCGAGAGCGCGCUGGAGGCGACGGCCGGCAACGCCACCAGCACCACGGACCUGACCAAGGCCAUCUUCAAGGUGACGUCCGACCGGAUCGAGCAGGCCGUGCGCGAGUCCGCCGUGCUCAACGCCCUCAAGAACGACCCGCGCACGUCGGCCGCGCUCAGCAACUGCAAGGAGCUGCUGGACUACGCCAUCGACGACCUCAAGACCACCUUCGACCGGCUCGGCGGGUUCGAGAUGACCAACUUCAAGGCCGCCGUGGACGACCUCCGGACGUGGCUGAGCUCCGCGCUGACGUACCAGGAGACGUGCCUCGACGGCUUCGAGAACACCACCACGGACGCAGCGGACAAGAUGCGCAAGGCGCUCAACAGCUCGCAGGAGCUGACGGAGAACAUCCUGGCCAUCGUGGACGAGUUCUCCGAGACGCUCGCCAGCCUAGACCUGCCGGGCUUCCACCGCCGGCUGCUCGCGGACAAGGGCGUCGUCGCGCCCUCGUGGAUGUCCGGCGCCAAGCGUCGGCUGCUGCAGACCUCCCCCGGCGCGCCGGACUUCAAGCCGGACGUGACGGUGGCGGCGGACGGCAGCGGCGACUUCAGGACUAUCAACGAGGCGCUGGCCAGGGUGCCGCGCAAGAGCGCCGCCGCGUACGUGAUGUACGUGAAGGCCGGCACGUACCGGGAGUACGUGUCCGUGCCCCGGAACGUGACGAACCUGGUGGUGAUCGGCGACGGCGCCACCCGGACGGUGGUGACGGGAAGCAAGAGCUUCACUAUGAACAUCACGACCAAGGACACGGCGACGAUGGAGGUGAUCGGGAACGGGUUCCUGAUGCGCGGCGUGGGCGUGGAGAACACGGCGGGCGCCCGGAACCACCAGGCCGUGGCGCUGCGGGUGCAGAGCGACCUGUCGGCGUUCUACGAGUGCCGCUUCGACGGGUACCAGGACACGCUGUACACGCACACGUCGCGGCAGUACUACCGCGACUGCGUCGUCACGGGCACCAUCGACUUCAUCUUCGGCAACGCGCAGGUGGUGCUCCAGAACUGCCGCAUCCAGGUGCGCCGGUGCAUGGACAACCAGCAGAACAUCGUGACUGCGCAGGGCCGCAAGGAGAGGCGGUCGGCCGGCGGCACGGUCAUUCACAACUGCACCGUCGAGCCGCACCCGGAGUUCGAGUCCAGCGCCGGCCGGCUCAGGACUUUCCUGGGGCGGCCGUGGAAGGAGCACUCGCGCACGCUCUACAUCCAGUCGGAGAUCGGCGGCUUCGUCGACCCGCAGGGGUGGCUGCCGUGGCUCGGCGACUUCGGCCUCAACACCUGCUACUACGCCGAGGUGGAGAACCGCGGGCCCGGCGCCGACAUGAGCAGGCGCGCCAGGUGGAGGGGCGUCAGGAACGUCACCUACCAGCAGGCGCAGCAGAAGUACACCGUCGAGAGGUUCAUCCAGGGCCAGCAGUGGCUCCCCAAGCUCGGCGUGCCCUUCAUCCCGGGGCUGCUGCCGCAGAACCAAACCGGCAGGAUACACUGAUGAGAGCCAAUGAGCCAUGGCCAUGCGCGUGGAAGAUGUAUAUAUGCAUUGGGUUGUGAUGGACGGUCUGCGUGGUCGAUGUGGCACCAACAUUUACCAUGGUUCAAGUUUGUUGGCGGCAAUUCUUGUUGAUAUUGUGACUACUAUUUAUGUGGGGAGGAAA